AGUCGACUCCAGUCUAAACCGUGAGAUUCGCCCGCGUGGCCGCCUGACGCUCUGCAACGCGUAACUUUCGACGAUGCGAAAUAUUCUUUCGGUUUCGCGUUUCGUCAGUUACUAAAUGCGUAUGCGAAUUUAACUUUUGUGUUUGCCAGUGGCAGUGAGACUUUAUUGUAAAAAUAUUUAUAUUGUUUUUAUGAAGUGCUGAAAGUUUGUUAGUUUUGUUUGAUGUACGAUGCGGAUGUCGCGACGGAUGCGGCGUGACGGAAUAUUUUAAUUAUUCACUGAUACAGUACAAGAAUGCAUUCCGAACCAAACGAUACUCUGUCGUACAUCGAUAACUCCACCGACGGAGAGUACACUCCCUAUGAAGACCGCCUGGAGACGUACCUGGUUCCUGUACUUUUCGCCAUCAUCUUCAUAGUAGGAGUCCUGGGUAAUGGGACUCUCGUCAUUGUUUAUGUCAGGCACCGGGGCAUGAGGAAUGCUCCUAACACGUACAUCUUCUCCCUCGCACUGGCAGAUCUCCUAGUGAUCCUAAUAUGCGUGCCAUUCGUAUCAAUAAUAUACACAUUGGAAUCAUGGCCGUGGGGAGAGCUAAUCUGCCGCAUAUCCGAGGCAGCGAAGGACGUCAGCAUCGGAGUAUCAGUAUUUACACUAACAGCACUCUCGGCGGAACGAUACUGCGCCAUCGUAAACCCAUUUAGGAAGCUGCAGCUGCGUAAGUUGCCGUUAGUUUGCGCCACUCUAAUAUGGGGGGCAGCCCUGAUUUUCGCCACUCCUGCCGCCGUGUUCUCAAGCACUGUCUCCCAUCCGUUGCCAAACAACAUGACUGUGGUGUACUGCACUCCCUAUCCACCUGAAUGGAAAUACUAUCCUAAGUGGAUGACAGUAGCAAAAGCGGUAAUAUACUACGGUCUACCGCUGUUGGUGAUAGCUAUUUUCUAUUCGCUGAUGGCCCAGAGACUGCUGGCUAGCACUAGAGAGAUGCCGGGGGCUUUACAUGGAGGGCAAGGAGAGGCGCAGGCGAAGGCUCGUAAAUCUGUCGCGUGUAUGGUACUGGUCUUCGUUAUAGUUUUCUUCAUUUGCUUCUUGCCGUACCAUGCAUUUGAAAUAUGGUUUCAUUUGUCGCCGACCGCGCAAGCUGACUACAAUGAUUGGACUAACGCCCUCAGAAUAAUCGGCUUCUGUUUAAGCUUCUUAAACUCCUGCGUCAACCCCGUUGCCCUGUAUUGUGUGAGUGGCGUCUUCAGGCAGCAUUUCAACCGGUACCUGUGCUGCCGAAGGGGCAGCCUCCACCCUGGCGGUGGCAGCUCUCGACUAUCCAGGACUGCCAUCUGCGAGACGUCGUUCAGAAGCACCCAUCGACACCGCUGUAACAGGAAUCCGACAGAAAGCGUGGUAAUAUCCAACUACGACUACGGAAGUACUAAAAAGAAGAGCAACAUCAUAUCUCGGAACAGCACUGAUGGUGUCACCAUCAUGACCAUUAGGGACACUAACGACUUCCUCACCGGAGACCUCGACGAAAAAUGCGUCAACAGAUAGGCGAUUGGAUUUUAGAUGCUGUGUAAAAGACAUGAUGAGAGGAACUAUCAGGUCUGCUCAAAAUUGAGGAAAAAGAGACUUUAAGACUUAAUCUUAAAGGCCUAAUGUUUAUUGAAGACUAUUUGUGAAAUAAUUAAAUUAUGAAAGAGAAAAUAUUUUGCUUAUUUUUUAUGUAUAAUUUGAAAAUUCUUUUGUUAUUGACCGAGUCCUGAUAGUUCUCUAUAAUCCUGAUUAGCUAUUAUAAUAAUAUUAAUGUAAAUAAAAGAUAUAUGAAAAAAAAAUAUUAUUAUUCAUCUUGUAAAUAUUUUUUGUUAUCUAAAUGUACUCGCAAAGUAUGUAUUUGUUAUGACGAAUCUAAUGAAAUACGCCUAAACAUUUCUGUGUCAACCUAAUUGUCAAGACCAAAAUCAAUAUUGUAAACAAAAUAUUAUUCAAAAAUAAAUAAGUUUUAAAAAAUACUUUUUUCAAAAAACAUCUUAUAUAAAAAAAUAUAUUAUUUUUCUAGAAUUAAAACAUUCUAUUUUUAAAUGUAUAAAAAUACUUUUAGUUACUACUUUGAUUCCUAAUUAAAGACGAUUAUAGAAAUAUAGAAUUUUAUA